UGGUCGGUCCGCGAACUGGGGGUUGGACCGCUCCGAGCGAAACAGCGCAAAAGAGUUUUAAAUGUCCGCCAUGUUGUCCAUGGCGCACUGAAUCAACGGUAGGGAGCGGAGCGUCGGAAAAAAACAGACCGAGAGAGAGCGACCAAGAUCCGGGCCUUCCCCCGGCUCCGUCGGCGACGCCCUAAAUACAGGCUACAACAAUUCGAAUGUUAGAAUAGAGAUUAACCGCACAGAAACAUCAAUGAAAGCUCUACUCGUUACCGUUGUGAAUAUUAGGAGAUCGGAUAGAUUUAUAUUGCAUCUCGAAUUGUGAAAAAUGAGUAAAUUGUCGUUUCGGGCGCGGGCGCUGGACGCUUCCAAGCCACUACCCGUCUUCCGUUGUGAGGAUUUACCAGACCUACACGAAUAUGCAUCCAUUAACCGGGCAGUGCCGCAGAUGCCGACGGGGAUGGAGAAAGAAGAGGAAUCGGAACACCAUCUCCAGCGAGCCAUCUCGGCACAUCAGGUAUAUGGCGAGAAGCGGGACAACAUGGUUAUCCCAGUCCCCGAGGCAGAGAGCAACAUCACCUACUACGACUCCCUCUACUUCGGGGACUUCAAGAUGCCAAAGCAGCUAAUUCACAUACAGCCUUUCAGCUUGGACGCAGAGCAGCCAGACUAUGACCUGGACUCGGACGACGAGGCAUUCCUCAACAAGCUGAAAAAGAAGAUGGAGAUCAGCUUCUUGCAGUUCGAAGAGAUGAUUGAUCGGCUGGAGAAAGGCAGUGGGCAGCAGGCGGUGAGCCUUCCUGAGGCAAAACUUUUGCUGAAGGAGGAUGACGAGCUCAUCAAGGAGGUGUUCGACUACUGGAGUCGGAAGAGGAAAUGCAGCAAGGCGAACUCGCUCAUUCCCACUGUCAAGCAGGAGAAGCGGGACGGCUCCAGCACCAGUGACCCCUACGUGGCCUUUCGACGACGGACGGAGAAGAUGCAAACUAGGAAGAAUCGCAAGAAUGAUGAGGCGUCCUAUGAGAAGAUGCUGAAGCUGCGCAGGGAUCUGAGUCGAGCCGUCACCAUCCUCGAAAUGAUCAAGAGAAGAGAGAAAAGCAAGAGGGAGCUGCUGCACCUCACUCUGGAGAUUUUUGAGAAGAGAAAUGUCAUGUCAGACUUUGGUGGUGAGGUAAUGGCAGAGGUUCUGGCUGAGCGGGCGCUGGUGAGGCCGCAGAUCAUUCCUCUGGUUCCCCUGACUAACCAGUACCGACACCAGGACCACAUGGACCUUAAAGACUACAAGUCCAAGCCCGAGAAAAUGGAAGUUCCUCGGCAGAAAAGGAAGUACGAGAAGAAGCAGAAGGCCCUGCCACUUUCGUCGGGCGCCCCCCACCACACAGGUCCUGUCGUCUUCAAUGCCAAGGACCUUAACCAAUACGACUUCCCCAGCUCGGAUGAUGAACCCUUCUCCCAGCUGCACUCAGGCUCAUCAGAAGCGGAGGAGGAGAACGACCCAGAUGGCGCCUACGCAUUUCGCAGGAAGGCAGGCUGCCAGUACUAUGCUGCUCGUCAGGACCGUGUGGGUAGCUGGCCGUGGUGUGAACCCUGGGAGGGCGGUUUGGCAGAAGCUCGGUUUCGCUACAGUCUCACUACACUCACGGUGCCGCGGCGCUGCCUGGGCAUGGCUCGCCGACGUGUGGGACGAGGCGGCAGGGUGUUGCUGGACCGGGCACACACAGACUAUGACAACAUUUUCCACAGUCUGGAUCCAGAAACACUCGACUUGCCUCAUCCUCCCUCCCCCCAUCCUCCCCCCACACCUGCGUCACGCUCGCCGGCCGUCGACAAGUUUGCCAGUACCUCAGAAACAAAUACCUCGGACAGAAGUUCCUCCUCCCUCUCCUCGUCCUCUCACUCAUCUACGGACCUCAGUCAGAUACUGUUGAAUAUUAAGUCAUGCCGAUGGAGGCACUUUAGACCACGGACACUACCACUACACGAGCUGGAUAACGCCCACCCGCUAUUCAGGAGGUUGAGUCGGAGCCUGAAGCGCCUGACCUCUGCCUCUACACCCGGAGGACAACCCUUUGGUUCUCAACGCCUGGGAAGGGUUGUCCCUGCACCAUCACCCGUUGUCGCUUUUACAGCCGAACAGUACCAGCAGCAUCAGGAGCAGCUGGCCUUGAUGCACAAACAGCAGCUGGAAAAGGUCCAGCUGCAACAGCAAGCCAACAGCAACGCCACUGCCAACAGCACACAGGGCUCAGCAAACACGUUGGACCAGGCCAGUGCCCAGUACGCCGCCUCGGCUCUCGUCACCGCCGACCAACUGCUGGCUCUGAAGAACAAGGAGGAGCUCGCCCUGGGAGGUGGAGUCAACGGCGUCCUCUCCCCCUCAGGUGUCUAUAAGGGCUUGCACCUCUCGAGCACAGUGUCCCCAUCCCCCGCCGCCCCGGCUCCUCCCACCACCUCCCUGACACCCGCCUUGCUCCACCCCUGCACCACCACCAGCUCCAACAACAAUGGCACAGCCCACCCCGCCAACAACACCAACACCGCCACCACUCAGGUCCUGCCGGGAAACAACAACAAUAACAGCCUCCGUCUGGGCGUCCCCACCGGCAAGCGCGUCCACGCCCCCCGGACACUGAGCGCCUCCAUGUCGUCAUCCGCCUUAAAGUUCACCCACGCCACCGCCAACUGUCAGAAACCCAAGGUCACCACGACCGCGGCCUCGGCGCUGGACAUCGUGCCCAGGUGAGGACCGUUCGUUGUUGAGUGAAAAAAAAUCAUAGUGACAUGGAGAAUCAUGAACAAGACAAGCCAGCACUGAACAGUCUAUCAGAGAACACAGUGGCCAUGGAGGUUACGUAGCCUCGCGUUAUACGCAGCGCGGACUCAAACGUGACUCUCUACCCCCCCACCCCCCUUUUUUUUUUCUCCCCCCCGUCGGCUUUUUUUCGGUGCUAUGCAUCAUUUGUGAGUCAUGAAUGCAAGUGGUGGCAGGAUGAGCGAGGCUGGGUUUCCACGGCAACCGGUUUGGGACUUAAUUGCAAUGCUCAUCUCGUACAAUUCUUCUCUCCCCUCCCCCACAUUCCCCUAUUUGUUACUGUUAAUAAGAGAUCGUCUGUAAAUUCUUAAUAUGGCAAUUAUAUGUACAGUACUGCAUAUUUGUAAUACCAACCCCCCCAGCCCCCCCCAACACCACCCCCCCACCCCCCCUCUUCUUGUAUAUAACAUUACUUGAAUACAGAAAUGUUCAUUUGUGAUGUUUUGCACUCGAGAUAUUAAAAAAGAAAAUCAAAUUUAAAAAAGAGAAAACGACAAACUGCAACUGGUGCGAGUAUGAGGUGAACAGAGAAAUGUAUGUCAUCACAUGCAUGGUGCGGAACCUGCUGUUUGAUCUAUUUAUUGUGCCGUGUUUACAAAAGUUUUUUUUUUAUUCAAACUUUUUUUUUUUUUAAAUAUACAUUGUUGAACUGGUUCCCCCCCCCCACACUGGUUCCCCCUGCUGUAUUCAGCGUUGAACUACAACUCUGCAUAUUUACGUUCCUCCUCCCCCCUGGAUGUGGUGGGCGUGGUUCCGUGUCCAUGUGCAGACGCAGGACAGCAGGCGGGUGUGGAUGUUGUUUGUCGCAGGCAUCAGUUUUGUCAGUUUCCACAGCUCUUCCAUACGUAAAUUAUUUCUGAGACAAGUAACAAAACAAUGGGGAUUAAAGACUCUUUUUCCCAGAAGACUUUGCUGCUUCUGAUGUAUUUAAGCACUAUAUAAUUUUGUUUUUUUAAUUGAUUGAUGCUGCUUUUGUAUGAUUUCAGCCUCUGGUUUUUCACCACUGGCUUUAUUUCUUUUGGUUUUCUCUCAAAGAUGAUCCCUCCUCUCACCUCCCCGUACAUUUAUAAACAGAUAUUUUUGUAUGUCCCACUUUUUUUUUUUCUUUUUUUUAUUGUCCUCAGAAAAGACUUCAUUUUUUUGUUACUUGAUCAAAAAAAGAAAAAAACAAUUAUAAGGGAGUAAAAAAAACAACAACCAUGCAGUAACUGACAUUUAUCAUUCCAGCUUCUACAUAAUACAAAGAUGUAUAUUAAUUGGGGGGGUAAAAAAAAAAAAUACAGAAUAAAGAUCGUUUUGUCUACUUUUAAAAACUCCAGAAGGCUGAAAAGCCAUGAACUACAAGUUAUCGGGUGCCUUCAUUUGGGAAAUAAAGAAAAAAAACCUUUAAAAAAACAACAACAAAUGCUCUCUUCUGUGAAGAGUUUGGUACUGAACAAGGCUACUUGUAGUUUUUCUUUGUCUGUACCACAGUCCCAAUGCCCAUUCCAGUGGCCCAGCUGAUUCAUGAAUUGUUUUUGUUUUUUUUAAUAUAUACUAUAUAUAGAGUCUCUUCCACCAAACACACACACACUCAUGGGAAAGACUAAGAAUCCUCUUGAAUUGUCACAAAAUGAAAUAAAAAUACAGGGCAUUA